AAAUGUGGGAGGGAAUGAGGGAGGCAGGAGAAGAAAGAGAAAGAUUGACCAGAGACCUCAUCUAGCAGGCACACUUCCUUACUCAGUCACUCUCUCCUCUCCCGGUCUGGGACGUGUAGGACAGCUGUGUCUGUAGCUUUCUAUCAGACAUGAUGCAUCGCAUCUUCCUCAUCUGCUUGAGUUCUCUGCUCCUCCUCCUCUUCCUCUCCUCCUCCGCGCUUUCGGAACCCCGCCGAUGGUCGUCAUCCUCACCACGCAGCAGGACCGCGCGCGCUCCGGUUUCCAAGGUGCGCCUGGCGGGAAACUUCGCCCGGGGACUGAACGAGGGUCGCGUGGAAGUGCUUCACAACAGCACGUGGGGGACGGUGUGUGAUGACGAAGUGGAUAUCAAACUAGCCAAAGUCGUCUGCCGCGAGCUGGGCUUUCAGACCGGCAUCACGUGGGCGCACAGUGCCAAAUAUGGAGAGGGUGAUGGUCCUAUCUGGAUGGACAACGUGCGUUGUGACGGCACAGAGAAGACUGUGAAAGACUGUAAACAUAACGGCUGGGGUGUCAAUGAUUGCAAGCACUCUGAGGACCUUGGCGUGGUCUGCAGUCCGGAGCGACGACUGGACCAGGUCACGGGGUCACGUAAUGGUCAGGCAGUGGCCCAGCGUCCGGAUGUCAGCAUCUCGCCCCAGUGGCAAAGCAUCCUGGCCAGCCGCAGUAACCCCCGACAGGCCCAUCAUGGGAACGGACACCCUCCAGAGAGGCCCAGCCAAAGACAGCACCACUACAACCCGUAUUCCAGCAAGGUGCGUAUCCAGGAGGUGCGUCUGCGGCCCAUCCUGAUGCACACUAAGAAGCGGGCCCUGAUCACUGAGGGCGUGGUGGAAGUGAAGCAUGCUGGGAGAUGGAGGCAGGUGUGUGACCUGGGCUGGAACCUCAACAGCAGCAGAGUGGUGUGUGGAAUGCUGGGGUUCCCUGAGGCAGAACUACACAACGAAAGACCAUACAAGAAAAUCUGGGACACCAAGCUUGCUGAUCCAUCCACAAAGCUGAGCCUCAUGGCUAGUAAGAAAAGUUACUGGGUAGAGAAGGUUCACUGCCUGGGGUCAGAGACCAGCCUAUCAGAGUGUCACACUAAGCUGUCCAUCCCACUUAACCCCUCCCCCUGUAAGAGUGGGAGACACGCUGUGGCGAGGUGUGUACUGGGACCACAGUUUGCGCUCAUGUCAUCUGGAAGACCCCAAGCACCCCACCCAAUUGUACCGGUGCGUCUGAAGGCUGGCCCCAGGCUGGGCGAGGGCCGUGUGGAGGUGUUGAAAGAGGGGAAGUGGGGUACCAUCGUAGACCACCUGUGGGACCUCAACUCAGCCAGCGUGGUGUGCAGGGAGCUGGGCUUCGGAACUGCCAAGGAGGCCCUCACUGGAGCUCACAUGGGACAAGGUACUGGUCCUAUCCAUAUUAACAGUGUCCAGUGUUUGGGGACAGAGAAGUCUAUCCUAGAAUGUAACUUCCAGGAUGCCCCUCUAUGGACGUUCAAACACACCCAGGACGCCUCAGUACGCUGCAACGUCCCCAAGCUUGGCCUGGACAGCAUGGUGCGGUUGGCGGGAGGCAGGGAGCCAGGUGAGGGCCGUGUGGAGGUACUGAUGGAUGUAGGGGGUCGUAAGAGAUGGGGGUCAGUCUGCAGUGAGAACUGGGGGAUCAACGAAGCCAUGGUGGUCUGUCGACAGCUGGGUCUGGGGUUCGCAUCCCGAGCACACCAGGAGACAUGGUAUUGGGCUGGGGAUCCUAACGCAGCAGAGUUGGUGUUGAGUGGAACCCACUGUGUCGGAAAUGAGCUGUCAAUCCAACAGUGUCGCCGUAACAACCACAUCCACUGUCCCCGGGGUGGCGGGGCUAAGGCUGCAGGGGUCACCUGUUCAGAGACUGCCCCUGACCUGGUACUAGAUGCCCAACUGGUUCAGGAGACAGCCUACCUGGAGGACCGACCACUACACCUGCUGACCUGUGCCAACGAGGAGAACUGUCUGUCGUCUUCCGCUGCCAGAAUGAACUGGCCCUAUGGACACCGCCGCCUGCUACGAUUCUCCUCCAGGAUCAUGAACAUGGGACGGGCCGACUUCAGACCUAGGGCUACCAGGGAGUCUUGGACCUGGCAUGCGUGUCACAGGCACUACCACAGCAUUGAGGUGUUCACCCACUAUGACCUGCUGACUCUGAAUGGGACCAGGAUAGCAGAGGGACACAAGGCCAGCUUCUGUCUGGAGGAUACAUACUGCCCUGAAGGUCUGCAUAAGCGUUUCUCCUGCUACAACAUGGGCGACCAGGGCAUCUCAGUGGGCUGCUGGGAUACGUACCGCCACGACAUCGACUGUCAGUGGAUUGACAUCACCGAUGUCAAGCCUGGAGACUACAUAUUCCAGGUGGAAGUCAACCCCUCGUUAGACAUGGCUGAGUCAGACUUCCAGAACAACGUGAUGAGAUGUCGAUGCAAAUACGACGGACACAGAGCGUACAUGUAUGGAUGUCACGCAGGUGAUGCGUACAGUGCAGAGAUUGAGGACCUGUUUGAUCACCAAAGGCAGAUCUCCAAUAACUUUGUCUAGGCCCAUCCAGGGCCCAGCGUUGGCCCAGGCUGGUGCCCAGCAAAGAGGGCUCAGAGCUGGAGCCAAAACUGCUCAGGGUGCCCUGGGGUCUGGAGGUCUGGUGGGUCGUGGGAUCCUGCCCCACAACACUAGGGGACUCACAAAAUGGCACCUGUCCACUGCCCUUACCUGCUGUGGACUACACUACCCAGAAUAAACCACAACUAGGAGACCAUUACCCUGACUAUAGCUUUCGACCCCAACAGCCAAUAGAAACUGAGAGCAGGACAGAUGUCACCAGGGAAACCAAAUGAUUUCAGUUAACAAUGGAGGGUUACAAUGAUAUGGAUUCAAUCAAGGUUUAGGUAUUUUGUUAGUUUAUGAAUGUGGACUACUAGUAACUUAGCUACUCAAAAUUUCUGUGAAUUAAUUCAUUUCAAUUAAAGUUGAAAUUAUAAUUGUACAUCUAA